UUUUUUCUUUUAUAAUUUCUCAGUAGGCUCACGAGCGUUUCUCUUUUCUCCAUUUCUCGUGUCUCUCCAUCAUCUCGUUGAAUCACAGUUCAAUUUCACCUGCAUCUUUUACCUUCAACUGCUAGAGUUUUUUCGUAUCUUCAUCUUCUUACUCUUUGACCGAUUGUUUUGUCUUUUCCUUCAUUUUUCACCAAUUUAAAUGGAUUUCCUCAGUGUUUGUUCCGGUCAGUGAUUUGAUCCGCUUCAAAGAAAGCUCCAUAGGAGUGGAGGUAAGAGUUAACCUAGGUUCUUUGGAAGAGGCUUUGGAACUAUUCAACUGGGAAGUUUCUGAAGACUUACACUUACAAAGUUGAUUUGGGAGAGAAAUAGUCAGCAAGAAGGAAAAAGAGAGAGAUGGAAAUGGCAUGUGAGAAUGAGGUUAUGGUGCUACCAUGUUUUGAUUUUUGCAAGGGAGGGGUGACACUAGAAGAAGGGAGUGAAGAGUGGAAAGAGAUGAGUAUGAAAGUGAGAGAAGCAUGUGAGAAUGAUGGUUUCUUCCUCUUGAGGUGUGAUGAUGAGGUCAAAUCCAUUGAAGAGCUGUUUAAGAGUGUCAAAACAUUAUUUCAUUUGCCUCAGCAAACAAAGCAACAACACAUAAUUCCAAAGCCUUUCAGUAGCUUCAACAUCCAUAAGUUUAUGAACACUGUCAAAGAAUGCUUUGCAGUCGAUGAUGUUCUUCUCUCAACAUCAGUUGAGACCUUCACCAACCUCAUGUGGCCUCAAGGAAAUCCAAAUUUCUGUGAGGUACUAAAGGGUAUGAGCUUAAAGAUGACAGAAAUAAGUUCACUAGUCUUGAAAAUGAUUGUGGAGGGCUAUGACCUUCCCCAACAUUACAUUUCAGAUGUUGAAAACAUGAAGAGUUGUACCCAGAUACGAUUGAACAUGUACAAUACUGAUGCAAACAAGGNUGCCUCCAAUGGUCACACUGACAAAAACACCUUAACCGUUUUGUGUCAAAAUGAAGUUCAGGGUUUGCAGAUGCUAUCCAAAUCAGGCAAAUGGGUUGACGUAGAAAUAUCCCAGAAUUGCUUUGUGGUUAUUGUUGGUGAUGCACUGAAGGCAUGGAGCAACGGAAGACUUCACGCAGCAACACAUAGAGUGAUGAUGAAUGGAGAGAAAGAGAGAUUCACUUUUGGAGCUUUUGUGGCACCAAAAGACGAGAUGAAAAUUGAGGUGCCACGUGGGUUGGUUGAUGACAAAAUUCAUCCUCUUCGUUAUCGUCCAUUUAAUUAUGGAGAAUUUUUCAAUUUCUUUGCUUCAACUCGCAACCAUAAUGCAGUUGAUGUGUUUGCUGGUCUUUGAAAGCAAUUCAUGAUUAUAUAUGAAUGUACCAGAUCAAGUCAAAAUAAUUAAGAGAUUGUUAAUAUAAUUACAUCUCCUUCUCAAUAAGAUGAAUUCCACUGAAAUUUCUCAAAU